CACCGGAGGCGGUUAGUACAUUGUAUCGUUCGCGUUGCGCACCUGCGACUAAUUCUCAACUCUUUGCUUGUGGAUCAUAUAUGUACAUUUAUCGCGUUUUGCAAGUCAAUCGCGGCACACCAUAGCGAAAUCACUUCGGCAGUUCUUGUGCGUUUAGUUAAGUUUCGAUCGUUUAAGACGUUAGUGAAUGCCGCUAAAAAUACAAAACUCGAUCCGCUCCUAGUGAAAUCGUUCUGAAAUCCGCGUUAAUAAUCCAUACAGGAUUUCGCAAUUAAAACGCUGUCGUUGUCGUUGUUGUUGCCGUUGCCGUUAAAGUGCACAAAUAAAUAGAAUUCACGCAUACAUUUCUGGUGUUGUUGUAUUAUAAUUGUUGUUAUUGUUGUUAUUGUACCAUCUUAUAUAAUUUAGAAUAUAAUUAAACGACAUGGGGAAAAGCGAUGUACUUCUUUUCGAUGAAAACAAAUUACCCUAUAUUGAUUUGGAGACCGCAGUAAUCCGAAUGGAAAAAGAAGAAGCACCACAAUGGGCACUUGAAAAAGCUAAAAAAGAACUAAGAGAAACUCCAGAUAUUAUGGAAGAGAGUAUUAAAAAGCUGAAGGAGCUAUUGGAAAAAGAAGAACACUUAUUCUUGCCACGAGAUGAUGAAUACAUGAAAAUGUUUCUACGUCCUUGCCAUUACUAUCCAGAAGGUGCCUUAAAACGGUUAAAAAGUUUUUACCACAUGAAACUAAAAUAUGGAGAUUCAUGUAAAUUUGUAGUCCCAUCAAAAGUAAAAAACGUAUUCGAAGAUGAUUUGCUAUCCCUCUUGCCUAAUAGAGAUCAACAUGGUCGCAGAUUGCUCGUUUUAGAAGCAGGAAAAAAAUGGAAGCCUUCUAGAGUGCCACUAAAUGAUUUGUUUCGAUGCAUUCAAUUGACGGUCUUGGGUUCAAUGGUCGAACCAUUGUCUCAAAUAUGUGGCGCAGUAGUCAUUAUAGAUAUGGAAGGCCUACCAAUGAGUCAUGUCCUUCAGUUUACGCCAUCUUUUGCUGCCAUGUUGCUUGACUAUGUUCAAGACUGUAUUUGCAUGAGAUUGAAAGGAGUUCAUAUUGUAAAUAAUUCAUAUAUAUUCAAUAUGUUAUUCGCUAUUUUCAAGCCAUUCAUACGUGAAAAGCUCAGGAAAAGAAUAUUCUUCCAUGGCAAGGAUUGGAAGUCUCUAACAUCACAUAUUGAUAAAAGCGUGUUACCCAUCAAAUAUGGUGGAACAGCUACAUGGGACUUACCAUCAGGAAAACUAUUGGGAGAGUUUUUCGAAUGUUAUUCUUCUGAUUUCGAAAAAGCCGACAGUUAUGGAUUUACAGAGGACUAUCAAUAUAAGAAAUGAGCUUCAAAUAAAAUCGUGAAAGGAUUUUAUUUUUUGCUUUGUUCUAAAUGUUUUUAUAAUUUCUCUAACUGAGGUUUCUUUAUGAAUAUCAGAUACUCAUUAGUAUUCCUGUUUCUAGUUUUAUAUUUCUGUGUUUGUAUAAAAAAAUUGUUUAUUCCCUUGUGAUAUUGAAUUUGUUAAUUUAUUUUAAGUACAACCGUAGAAUUAGUAUAUAUUAGGCAUAUGGGGAGUGGCAUCAAGGGCACCAAUAUUUGGUUUUCAUCUUUUACGGAUCCGGGACCGAAGAUAGUACUAACCAUAAAAAUUUUACGGAAGUAGCAGUAAAGCUAACACUAUCAACCAAAACUAUUCUAUCGGAUGACAACCAUUUUUCAGACAAAAAAGUGUUAAAAAAUCCAAAAAUAAAAUUGUUACUUAAGUUUUUAAAUAAAUAA